CGUCAUUCCCCUUAAAUUGCAAAACCCUGGCUUGUUUGUGCCAAAAUGUGUCCCAUUCCUUGCAGCUUAUGUCAGGGUGAAAGCCUCAGGCUGUGUAGAUCCACUCUCUGGUCAUUCAAAAAACUCGCUAAAUAACUACAGAUGCUCUGCAUGAGUUUUGAGCUCAUGGACAGUCUGGGUACUUUUUGAAACUCUUUUCUCUCCAGUAACUUCAGGGUAGCAUCGUGUUCAAGUGUAACUCAGGGAUGGUUUCAGAACAGCUAGUUUAAGAAGCAGAUUUGGUGUUUUAAUUCGAGCGUGUUGCUGUAGCUGUUUAGGAUGUUGUAAAUGGCUCAUAAAUACAGCAUCGCACAUCCUUCUCCCCCUGUCACUCAAAUCAAAAAGUCUUCACAAAAGAAGUAAAGCACAAAUGAGCAUAGAAAAUGAAGCUCACACAGAAGUAAAUACACAUCAAAGCAGGGAUACGAUGCAGAGAAUGGCGCUCUCUCCCUCCAGCAGGGAGUUUUUACUGUAACCCACACCUCACAUGCAUUUUACAAUCUCCCAUCCCAUCCCCUUCCACUGAGGAAAAAUCCAAGCUCCUGAUUCUGCUGUUACCGGGCCAGUAAAAGUGAUUCAGAUUGCAUGUAACAGUCUGCAGUGAACGACUCAUUUUUUCCGACGGCUGCAGGCACCAGAGGAGCGCCGCUACGCACAAACAGAGACCGCUCUGUGCUCUGUGCUCUCUCUGUAAGUCAGUUUGGAGAUGCUCCAGGGGACAGUGAGCAGGGCUUGGCUCUGCCUGUCCUUCUGCCUCCUGUUGGGGAUCUGUUCUCCAGCAGAGGAUGGAGGACCAGCAAGUCCUCCUCCUAGUUUCCCCCCUGAGCAAGGGUCAGGGGAGUCGGAUUUCGAGGACUGGGAGUGGGGCUCUGGAUCGUCUCUUCUGCACCUGCUCCACAGCUUCCCCGCUGACAGCCCCUUCACAACAGAGUCCUCAGAAAAGCCAGUCAACUGCACACAGCGCUUCUGGCUCCCUCCAUCAUCUCCAAUCUGCUGGGAAAACAUAGCAGGACCCAAAGAGUUUGCCAGGUCUCGUCUGCUUGUUCUGCAGAACAGGGCGGCCCUGCAGGCGGUGUCCACCUCCAGCGGGGUGGAGGAGGGAGGGCUGUCCUACGACCACCAAGCUAGAGAGGAGGUCCAGGGGAUCCGAUCAGACCACCAGAAAGUGACCGAAACUAUGCAAAGCAUGGAGACCGUGUUUGUCUCUCUGGCAGAGAAGAGGAAAGAGGGCAAGGAGCGGGGUGUCUUUACGAGCAUGAAGGAGCGUCUCGCAAAUACGAGGGAUGCUCUCGAAGGCAGAGACCGCGUGGCUAACCACCUGGAGGAGAAGUUUUCCACUUUGGAGGCGACACUUCUCAAUAUACAGCUUCGACUUAGAAAACUCAUCCAUCACUGACGAUGCUGGAAACCCCUUAUUUGAACUGUAUUUAUCUGAUAUGAAUGUCUCAUAACGAUGUAGCCCAUGCAUGCAUGCUCAGGAUGAGUGUAGUUUGUAAUGAGAACAAAACACACUUGAUUUGCACCUUAUUAUGUCACCAGCUCACCUGCCAAAAUAAAACGUGUAACCAAGAUUCAGCAGAAAUGAAUAAAUGUUACAUUUUCUUGGAGUUCUGAUGAACACAAAGCUGUAAAGUCUAGUUUUACAGUCAACGUUUGACAUAACGGAACAAAAUGAACAUUGUAGCAUUUCUUAAAAUAAACACAUUACACCACGUUACUGUUUAUUUAAUAGAAACUAACCUAUACUGCAAAAACAUUGUAUAAAAAAUAACUAAGCACACUCUUAUUGCUUCCAUAGGAAUGAAUAGGAAUAGUAACAGCAGGUGUGAGAACCUCUAUAAAAGCAGACGUUUAUGGUGGUCUGAAGAGUUCAAGUGCAUGUUUACACAAUGCCAAGGAGGUAAUACAUCAGCAACAGAAGCGACUGCUGCUGCCAAUUAUUCUGGGAAGGGCUAUAAGGUCAUUUUCAAAAAAUCUGAAUACCAUCACUCUUCAGUAAGAAAGAUUAUUCACAAAUGGAAAACGUUCAAGACAGUUGCCAGACGUUCCAGGAGUGGACGUCCCAGUGAAUUCGCUCCAAAGUCAGGCCGUGCAGUUCUCAGAGAAACUGCAAAAAACCCAAGAGCUUCAUCUCACACUCCAGGCCUCAGUCAGCAUGUUAAACAUUUAAGUUCAUGACAGUACAAUUAGACAAAGCCUGAACAUGUGUGGCGUUUAUUGGAAGGUUUGCCAGGAAAAACCCCUUUCUUUCUAAAAAGAAAAUGGCAGCAUGCCUUAGGUUUGCAUAACGUCUGAAACGAUAUCUUUGGACAGGCAAGACCAAAGUGGAGCUAUUUGGGAAUUUGGACUCUGGAACACUUGGGGGAAAAAGCAGAAUGAAGAAUCAAGGUGCUGCAGAGGCACAAAGUUUGAACCUCAACAUGACUGAAAUGCUGUGACAGCUGUGCAUAAAAGAGUCUUUGCAAACUUCAUUGAACUGAAGCGAUGUUAUAAAGAACAGUGGGUCAAAAUUCCUCCUCACUGAUAUGACACACAGAAAACGAUUAGUUCCUGCUAAACGUGGUUCUACAAGCUGCUAAAUCAUGGGGUGCACUUUUGUUUUAUGUACUUCUUUCUCUUUAAAAUACACUGCCUAUGUAUUCUGGUUAAGCUUUUGUUAAAGAAAAAAUGACCCAGUAUAAUAGGUCAAAUAAAAAUCGUAAAAGAGGGCAUUUUUUCUUCUUACCAUGGCUCUAUAUUACCUGCAUGCAAAGCUAUGAAGAUGUCAUGGUCACAUUAAACCUCUAAACUGCAGGAAACACGAGGAGCUCAGAGGAGAGUAAGCGAGUGGUUUAACACAGCAAAUUCAUAAACUGCAGUAUUACAAAAAAUGUAAAAAACAUUCAGAGCAAAAUGAGACAGCAUGAAUUUUUAUUUAAAUAUCAAAUCUAAACCACACAUUUGUAAAUACACAGAUGGCGGUACGCCGUCUAAGCUGAAACACUUUAAAUAUUUACAUCUGUUAGAGUCUGAGAUUUUAUUUUGAACUUCAGAGCAUGUUCAGUUGUUUUGUAGUUUUUCAGUUCUAGUAAAUUUCAAGUUCUCUACAGUCAAAUCAAAACACGAAUAUAUGGUUAACAGUAGCAACAGCACAUCUGAGUUUGAGAUCAAUGUUUCACAGCACCUCUAAAAUAAAGUUUUCACUCACUUUUAUUUUUUUUAAGCCAACAGUAACACAGGAGCUAAGACAUCUGCGCUCCAGCUGUGUGGGCUGGAUUUCCAUGUCUCAGCUACUCACGUGGAACAAGUCCGUA